GGUUUUGACUGCCCGUCCGUCAUUGAGUCCGUCCAAAUGGCGUGCAGACUGUUGUUUGUAGAUAUGGACGGACUCAAUGACGGACGGGCAGUCAAAACCAUCGUCCCUCAGGUCAAUCCUCGGAAGAUGAUCAUUGUUCAUGCGCCCGGUGAUGCAGCAAAGCAUCUCGUCGAAAGCUGUGCCAACAUCCGCACGAUGACCAAAGACAUCUUUCUCCCCACUCAAGGAGAGAGCAUUCAAAUUGGUCAUCAAACGAACAACUUCUCCAUCUCCAUCAGCGACGAGCUGCUCAACUCGCUCAAAAUGUCUACCUUUGAGGACAACGAAGUCGGCUACGUCACUGGCCGCGUCGUAGCGCACUCAAACUCGACGAUUCCAGUCCUCGAGCCGGUCGCUGACACCUCUGUACUGAAGACGCAGCACGCGGCAUUGACCGAGCCUCGGAUGUUAGGCUCCCGUGCAAAAGCAGAGCUGCCUCAUUCGACGAUGAUCGGCGAGCUCAAAUUGACGGCCCUCAAAGCCCGUUUAGCUACAAUCGGAGUGCCCUCUGAACUAAUUGGAGAAGGUAUCCUGAUUUGUGGGACCGCUGCUGGGAAGAUGGCCGGGACAGACGCGAUUGAGGAGUCUGUAGCUGUGCGAAAAUCGGCUGGAGGCAACGUUGAGCUAGAGGGAAGUGCUUCACAGGUCUAUUAUCUAGUUCGCAAGGAGAUCUAUAAUCUCCAUGCACUUGUAGCCGCAUGAAUGUAUGAUAAAGAGCGUGUAAUCCGACUCCUCGACUUUGAUUCUAUUAGCGUAGGCUGAUGUUAGAUGCGAUCUUUGGUUUAAUAAGGUUAACUGAAGCGG